AUGACCAUUAUCGUUGCAUCGCUAUUUUUGCCAUACAAAGCUCAAUUCGAAGUAGACGCUACUACUUCGAAUGAAACAGUGCCUCUUAUCGAUUCAAGUUUGGUGAAGAUUAAUUCUACAGAUGUCGGUUCUAAAAGAAGACAAAGCAAUCCCGGAAAUUCUAAUUCCCCUUUUCUUCAUGGUAAGAAGAACAUCUCACAGGAAGAUGUUCAUAAGUCUCCUGAGCCUCAAACUACAACCGAGGAAAACACUUUCAAAUCAGAUGGGAGUCUUACUUCUGAGCAAUUUAUAGAAAAUUUGACCUCUACCACGGGAAACGCAUCAAAUGUUGUUUCUUCUUCAAUUGAUACUAAUAACAAUAAAUUGAAAUCAGUUGAGGAGUUUUUUUCCUCUUCGAAGAGUUCAUCGUCUACGACUAAGGAUGUAUCUCCUCUGCCAUCGGCAGCUUUCCAGAGUGAUAGUCCACCUGUUUCUAUUCCUUUAGAUGCUAUUCCUAAAUCUACUGUCAUUACCCCCAAGUCUAGGUCAAAUCCAGAUAUCAAUUCUGCUGUGAUGAAUAUUAAAAAGGUUCAACAAAGAUAUCAACAGUUACAUAACUUACCAUCAAUGAAAAGAACGUCUACUGCCCCGGUACAAAGAAAAACAUCUUUUGCACCUGAAGGUACUAAUAUCGAGACUGUUAACGAAGAGGAUGAGAUUCUUCAAGAUGAUUCCAGUUCAGAAACUGUCUCAAACCAUAAAUACCACGUUCCAAAAUUCGGGGGCUAUUCUCAUAGAUCAAAAUUGUCUUUUUUAGGCAAUUCUCUUGAAUUAUUCAAGCAAUUACCAUGGAAAAUUGUUCCUACUGAAAAGGGUAAUGGAGCUUUGAAAAAUGCCAUCAAUAUCGCUGUAAAAGAGAAAACUCUUACCGAACCGGUCUCUUGGGUAGGUACAAUAGGUAUUCCAACCGAUGAAAUACCAAAAGAGAUAUCUACAAAGAUUACGGAAACUUUGCAAAAUGAUUACAAUGCUGCCGCUGUCAUUAUGGAUGACGUAACAUUCAAAGGUGCUUAUAAAAAUUUCUGUAAGCAAAUCUUAUGGCCAACUUUACACUAUCAAAUUCCUGACAAUCCAAAUUCAAAGGCUUUCGAAGAUCAUUCAUGGAAUUAUUAUCAGAGUUUGAAUCAAAAAUUUGCAAACAAAAUUAUCGAUUUGUAUAAGGAUGGUGAUACAAUUUGGGUUCAUGAUUACCAUUUAAUGUUGGUCCCUGAAAUGGUAAGAAAAGCUAUUCCAACAGCAAAAAUCGGAUUUUUCUUACAUGUAUCCUUUCCAAGUAGUGAAGUCUUUAGAUGCUUUGCCCAGAGAGAAAAAAUUUUAAAAGGUAUUUUAGGAGCAAACUCUGUUAGUUUUCAAACAAAAGAGUAUGCUAGACAUUUCUUACAAACGACAAAUAGAUUACUAAUGGCAGAUGUUACUAAGGAUGACUUGAAGUACGCCGGUAAAAUUGUUUCUGUAAAUUCCUUUCCUGUCGGUAUUGAUGCGUUCCAUUUAAUGGACCAAUUGAAAGAAGAAAAAGUUUCCAACUGGAGAAAGUUGAUUAAGGAAAGGUGGACUGAUAGUAAAUUGAUUAUUUCCAGGGAUCAAUUUGAUAAAAUUCGUGGGAUAAGUAAAAAACUGCUGGCCUAUGAAAGAUUUUUAAGAGAAAACCCCCAAUACAUUGAUAAAGUUGUUCUUAUCCAAAUUUGCCUAGGAAGAUUGAAAAAUGAUCCCGAAUUAGAACGUCAAAUUAUGUUGAUUGUCGAUAGAAUAAACUCGUUAUCAUCUGAUAUUAGUACAUCUCAACCAGUCGUUUUUUUGCACCAAGAUUUAGAAUUCGAUCAGUAUUUGGCUCUGAAUUGCGAAGCUGAUAUGUUCUGGGUUAAUUCAUUAAGAGAAGGUAUGAACUUAACAUGCCAUGAAUCUAUUGUUUCAUCAGAAGAGAAGAAUUCGCCUCUUUUACUUUCUGAAUUUACUGGUUCGGCCUCUGUCUUAAAGAACGGAUCUCUCCUAAUAAAUCCAUGGGACACAAAAGAUAUUGCCAAUAAAAUCAAACUUGGUUUAGAAAUGCCAACUGAUGUGAAGAAACGUAACUGGAAAAGACUCAUGAAGAGCGUCAUUAACAAUGAUUCAGAUAAUUGGAUUUUAUCAUCAUUACAAAGUAUUUAUACUUCUUGGGAAUUCAAUAAAGAAAGGUCAACGGUCUUUAGUUUAUCACACAAAAAGUUGUAUUCCGAUUUAAAAGAAACCAAGAAACAUUUGUUCAUCUUUAAAAUUUCAGAACCACCAACUCCUAGAGUUAUUUCCACUUUAAACGAUUUAAGUUCUCAAAACAUUGUUUUUGUUUUGAAUUCAUUCUCAAAAACCACAUUGGAGACUUUAUACGGUCGUGUCACCAAUUUAAACUUGAUUGCUGAAAAUGGUGCAUACAUAAGACUAAACGGUUCAUGGCACAAUAUCGUCGAAGAAGUCAGAUGGAAAUCUGAAGUUGUAAAGAUUCUCGAUGAUAAGGUUGAAAGAUUACCUGGCUCCUAUUAUAAGAUAGCUGACUCUAUGAUCAGAUUUCAUACUGAAAAUGCCGAAGACCAGGAUCGUGUUUCAGGUGUUGUAGGUGAGGCAAUCACUCAUAUUAAUACAUUGUUCAAUGAUAAAGGCAUUCACGCAUACUUCCAUAAGAAUAUUGUAUUCGUGCAGCAAAAGGGAUUGGCUUUAUCUGCUGUCACAUUUUUGUUGAGAUUCUAUAACAGUACUUCAGAUGCUAGUGUCAUCAGGGACAUUAAUGAUGACAAGAGUAACUUACCAAUCACGAAUAUCGAGGAUUUUGCUAAGUCAAGCAAUGAUUUAAGUAGUUCGCAAGACCUUGUCGAUUUUGCUUGUAUCACAGGUUCCUCUUCUCCAGUCAUAGAACCAUUAUUUGAACUGCUGAAGCAAAAGAUCAAAAAGGGCAGUCUUAAGUAUGCCCACAGUAUUGUAUAUGGUGAAUUGACAUCUACACACGCAAAGGAACGUAUAAAUGGUUUGAAUGAAUUAUUUACUAUUUUAGAGUAUAUCUGUAAGAUGAAAAAAGAUAGGAUAUAA